ACAUUUUUAUUACAAUAAUUGCAGUUUUGAAUAAAUUAAAUUAAAUACAUACCUGAUAUGUACUUAAAAAUGACUUCUUUAUAUUUCUAAAUUUGAGGUUUAAAGUUUCAUAGUUUAUUUACUAAUAAAAUGGAAGAAAUAGAGUAUACAACUUUGAUUGAAUGGUUUUGUUAUGAAUUUUAUUAUAAUGGCAUGUUACUUUACUGUAAAGAAGCAUGUGAAGCAUAUCCAACUAGUGAACAUCUAAGAAUUCUCUUAAGUCUUGCAUAUGCAUUAAUUGGAAAAACUCAAGAAGCUGUUAAAGAAACUGCAAAUUUAAUGAAUGAUACAGAUACAACACUAGCAGCACUAUUUGUACAGAGUGUAGCAUACUCGAACAGUGAAAAUGUUGAAAAAGCUAUUAUGAUACAAAUUGAAACAAAAAUUAGAGACGAGAGACGAAAAUCAUCUUCAAAUGGAUUGUCAUUAGCAGCCUCAGUUUUGCUUCUAUCACAGAAGAUCGACAAAGCUAAAGAUUAUGCGGAGAGAGCAUACAAGCUUGAUUCAACCAAUAAAAAUGUUUUACUGACUAAAGGUUGGACAGAUUUAUUUCUCAUGAAUGAGAACAGUUCGAAUGAACCGAAUUUGUUUGAUGUUGUUUUGAAAGAAGAUCCAAAGAAUGUAAAUGCUUUACUUGGUUCUGCAAAAUAUAAACACCAACAUGGUGAUUAUACAGAAGCAAUAUUAACGUUGAAUUCAUUAAUUGUACGUUAUCCUAAACUGUGUUUUCCUUUAAUUGAAAAAUUGUAUAAUCAACUUGCAAUGAAAGACUGGGAACAGGUCUUAGAAACUGCUAAUAGAAUACUAUCCAUUGAUUCAAAUAAUGUUGAUGCUGUAAAAGCAAAUGCAUUUGUAGUUCUUUGCAGAGAUGGAAAUUUCAGUGAAGGAUUAAAAUAUUUGCAAACGUUGUUUAAAAAUCUGAUACUUACAGAAGGAAGAACUGUACCUGUUUUAAUUAGUAAUAUUCAAUUAUUUUCGCGGAUAGCGUGUAAAUAUCAAGGGAUUUUAUUGGAACUCUCAAAAAUUGCUGAAAAAAUGAUACAACAUAAUUCAAAAAUGGCAGACCUUAUGAUUGAAUUGGGAAAUUUAUAUGUUUCAUUGGACAAAAUAAAAGAUGCAGAACAUUGGUAUAGGAGCGCUGUUAGGGUAAACGAGUCUUCAUUCGCUGGCUUGAAAGGUUUAGCACAUUGUCAGCUUUUGGAUACUUCAGAAGAUGCUUCAGAUCUGGCACAACAGCAAAUAGACUUUCUUAAGGAGAUGCAAUCAAAUUCAAUGGAUGCAGAACUACUUUUUAUGUCUGCAAAGUUAACUACCAUUGAUUCAAAUAAAGUUUUAAAUUACUUAGACAGAGCAGCCACAAUUAUAUUAAAUAACUGCAAAUACAUACCGUAUGGAUACGAAUAUAUGAAAAAAUUAAAUCCUGAUUUAUGCUUAGAGAUUUCUAAGCAACGUUUAAUUUAUUCUGUAACAAAUGAUAUGGCACAUCUGGAAGAAAAGGUAUCAAAUUAUAAAGAACCAAGUUUAUAUUUGUUGGAGCAAUUAUCAGAAGCAUAUCCUGGUUUAAGUAUAGCUCAGUUGUUGUUAAGUAAAGCUAAAAUACAAAGUGGAGACUUAGAAGGUGCUUCCUAUAUAUUAAGAAAUCUGUUGGAUAAUGUUGAUUCAUCCAAUGCAGAAGCUCAUUUACUUAUGGCUCAAAUAUUGGCUCAACAAAGAAAUUAUCAACUGGCCUCCCAGAGUCUGGAAGUUGGUUUGAGCUACAACUUUAAAAUUAGAGACAGUCCAAUUUAUCAUUUGAUCAUAGGUAUUAUUCAAAAAGAGAAUAAAGACAUUGAAGGUGCAAUAAAAAGUUUUCAAAUGGCUAUGUCAUAUGCUGGAUUGCAAUCCCAUAAGAAUAUUUUGGAUUCUACACAAAUCUCAAUAUCGGACACAGCAACUUUAUAUGUUGAAUUAAUUUCUGCUUAUAGUAAAAUGAAACAGUUUAAUGAAGCUAUUGCUUUGAUACAGGAUGCAAAAAUAAAGCUUGAGAACACUUUAGAAGAAGGCAAAGUAUUGAUAGGAAAUGCAGAAUUGUUUUUGGAAAUGGAAGAACUAGAUGAAGCCGUUGAUUGCUUAUCUAAAGUAACUCCAGAUCAACCCUAUUAUUUACAAGCACAUACACGUUUAGCUGAAAUAAAUUUAAAAUACAAGAAAGAUCGACACGCAUUUGCUGUCUGUUUCAGGGAGUUAGUAGAACAUUGUCCUGGUCCCAAGACAUACAGUAUGCUUGGUGAUGCAUAUAUUUCCAUACAAGAACCAGAAAGAGCAAUAGAGGCAUAUGAACAAGCUUUAAAACAAAAUCCUUUAAAUAAAGUACAUAUAGCAAGUAAAUUAGGAAAAGCGCUUGUAAAGACCCAUCAAUAUACAAAGGCUAUAAACUAUUAUCGAGAUAUAAUGAAACAAGAAAGUUUUAACAGCUUGAAAUUAGAUCUUGCAAAAUUAUUCAUAACGAUGAAACAAUAUGAUAAAGCAGAAGCUACGUUAGUGCAAGAACUACAAGAGGGUCGUCGAGAUUCAGAUAUGCAAAGUUUAGAAGUGCGGGGUCAAUUAUUGUUACUGCUUGCUAAAACGCGAGAAAAAGCAGGCAAUAUUCAAGGUGCUUUAUCAGCAUUAAAAGAGGCUAAAGAAAAUCAACACAGAUACAUACAACGCCUGGGAAAUUCUAACUUAGAAGACGAGAAACAACUCUUAGCUAAUGUUUGUUUCACGAUGGCUGAUUAUUCAUCUUCUUUGAGAGAUUAUGAUCAAGCUAUAACAUAUUAUAAGGAAGUUUUGAAUCAUAAACCUACCGACGUAAAUGCUUUACUAUCAUUAGCAAAGCUUUAUAUGCAGACAAAUAAUUUAGAUCGAUGUGCUCAGAGCUGUACAGCAGUAUUAAAUGCAGAUCCGAAUAAUGAAGCUGCUUCGAUAAUGAUGGCUGAUCUUGCGUUCAGAAAAGUUGAUUUUGAAACAGCAGCCUUUCAUUUUAGACAAUUAUUAUUAAAGCAGCCAACAUAUUGGACUGCAUUGGCAAGGCUAAUAGAAGUUUCACGUAGAACAGGGAACAUGGACGAUUUGGAAGAAUGGCUGCAUCGAGCUGAAGAAAGGAUGAGAGGUGCACAUUUGGCAGCUGGUUAUUAUUACUGCGCAGGUUUAUUAGAUUGGCGUAUGGGUAAAUUAAAUUCCGCGCUUCGUCAUUUUAAUUUUGCAAGGCGCGAUCCUGAGUGGGGCCAACAAGCAAUAUACAAUAUGAUCGAGAUUUGUUUAGAUCCAGAUGAUGAUUCUUCUCUUUCAAAUGAAGUAUUCAACGACGACGACGCAGAGUAUCAAGACUCCAGAACGAUGGCUUUAAAAACAGCGUACCGUCUGCUACAGGAGCUGAAUCCUAAAGGUAGUCCACAUGAAAUGUUGACACAUAGAUUGUUAAGUAAUUUCUUUCUACUGACUACAAAACAGAAAUCAAAUAUAGAGAAAGCUCUACAAGAUUGCACAACUCUAGCUAGCCAAGAAACAUUAAGAGAUCAUGUUGGACCAGCUUUAGGCAUGGCAAUGGCUCAUAUUCUUCUUAAACAGACUCCGCGUGCGCGAAACCACUUAAAACGUGUAAGCAAGAACACAUGGACGUUUGAAGAUGCAGAAUAUCUAGAACGUUGCUGGUUACUGUUAGCUGAUAUCUAUGUGCAGUCUAACAAAUACGAUUUAGCAAAUGAUCUUUUAAAACGCGUUUUGCAACACAAUGCAACUUGUGUUAGAGCUCACGAGCUCUCUGGUUAUAUUGCUGAAAAGGAACAGAAUUAUCGUGAAGCUGCAUCACAGUACAGCCAAGCAUGGAAAUAUGGAGGAAAAUCUAAAUUGUCGAUUGCUUAUAAAUUGGCUUAUUGUUCUAUGAAAGCAAAAUCCUAUGCGGAUGGUAUUGAGGCUUGUAAUGAAAUUUUGAAACAGAGUCCAGACUAUCCACGAGUUAAAAAGGAAAUUUUGGAAAAGUGCAUUAAUAAUUUACGUACUUAAAGUUUUAUGUAUAAGAAGUGGAAAUGAAAUACAAACUAUCUUAUUGUACAGUAUAUACAAUACACCAGCUAGCUAUAGAUAUGAAAUAAAAUAAAAAAACUAUGUAUUUCGUUUUUUAA